AUUUUUCAGUGAAUGCGUUUUUAUGAUGCUGUGUAUCUGACUGUAAGGUAAUGAGUUCACAAACCCAAGUCUUGCAGACACACCGGAGUAGACAGACCAGUUUUGCUCUGUGCUGCUUAGUUUGUAUCCAUUUGUUGCUAGAAUAGGCCUAUGAGAGAAGCCUUUUAUUUUAUUAUAUGCUCUACAAUUUUUAGUUUGUGAAAGAUGAAUUUAAGAAGAAACCAAAAGACCUGGAAAUUGCAAGUACUAUGUCUAUUUUUCAUUCAAAAUUGGACAUUAAUAACGGCACAGUUUAGGUAUUCUUUAAUUGAAGAAACAGAGCCUGGAACAAUCGUAGGAAAUGUUGUUCAGGAUCUAGAAUUAAACACAGCAGUGAUCGCUCAACGUGGGUUGCAAUUGGGAUCUAAACAAAGCAGGGAUUAUUUUGUACUGAAUCCAGAGAGUGGAGUACUCACUGUUAAAAAUAAGAUAGAUAGAGAAAGCUUAUGUGGAUCUAGUCUGAGCUGCCUGUUAAUGGUGGAAAUUGUUGUUGAAAAGCCUUUGGAGCUAUUUCGUUUGGAGGUGGAUAUACUUGAUAAGAAUGACAACGCCCCUGUUUUUCAUAACACUGAACGCCUGAUCAGGAUUACAGAACUAGCUGCAGUAGGAACCUAUUUUCCUCUUGAAAGAGCCCAUGACCCUGAUGUGGGUAUUAAUGCAGUUAACUUAUACACAUUAAGUAGCAACAGUUAUUUUUCUCUAAUAGUACAAAAUCGCAAAGAUGACAAACCUUUUCCUAUGCUGGUUUUAGCAAAGCCCCUUGACAGAGAGCAACAAGAUUUACAUCAACUAAUCUUGACUUCCAUUGAUGGUGGAAAUCCUGCCAGAACUGGGACAAUUUUAAUUUCUGUCAAAGUUCUAGACAGCAAUGACAACGCUCCUGUGUUUGAACAAGCCGUAUACAAAAUUAGCCUGAAAGAAAAUACACAGCUUAACUCUGUAGUAAUAAAACUAAAUGCAACAGAUAUUGAUGAAGGACCAAAUGGAGAAAUUAGUUAUUACUUUGAAGAUCACUUUUCAGAGACAGUUACAAACAUUUUCAGCUUGGAUCACCAGACAGGUGAGAUACGAGUCCAAGGGAAUGUGGAUUUCGAAGAGCACAGUUCAUAUGAAAUAACAGUUAAGGCCAUUGAUCAUGGAGUACCAGACAUGGAAGGACAUUGUCUUAUCCAACUGAAUAUAGUGGAUAUAAAUGAUAAUGCACCUGAAAUUCUACUUUCUUCUUUAGUGACCUCCAUUCCUGAGGAUACACCCAUUGGUUCAACUGUGGGGCUUAUAAGAAUUAAAGACGAAGAUAGUGGCAAAAAUGGAGAAGUGCACUUACAAAUAUCCCCAAACAUUCCAUUUGCCAUCAAAUUGGUCCAAAACCAUUAUUCCUUCAUCACAGAUGGAUUGUUAGACAGAGAACAUAACAGCCAGUACAUAAUUGAGAUGGUGGCAGUAGAUUUGGGGACACCACAGCUUUAUACAAAGACAAGAAUAUGCAUAAACAUAACAGAUAUCAAUGAUAACCCUCCAACAUUUGACCAAAAAAAUAUUAAGGUUUCUAUACAAGAAAAUAAUAAACCAGGUGCUGCACUUGGUACCGUCUCUGCGUUUGACAAAGAUGAUGGAGAAAAUGCUCAUAUCACAUAUUACAUAAAUAAAAGCCUUAUUGCAGGCUCCCCAGUUCAGUCUUUUAUUUACCUGGAUUCUCAAACUGGUGACUUUUAUGCUCAGCAAUCCUUUGAUUAUGAACAUGUUCAAGUUUUAGAAUUUGGGAUAGUAGCAGAAGAUUCUGGAUCUCCAGUGCUCUGUUCCAACAUUACAGUCUAUUUAUACAUUUUAGAUAAAAAUGAUAAUGAGCCUCUUAUAUUACAUCCAGGAAAUUCAUCAGAGCUCCAAUCUCAACAAUUUAUCCCUAAAUCUCUUUCAAAAGAUUCAUUAGUGUCCAAGAUCAUAGCAAUCGAUAGGGAUUCUGGGUAUAAUGCACACCUUUCAUAUAGUAUAGUCAAAGCAACAGAUCUCUCAUUAUUUAAAAUAACUAUGCACUCAGGAGAAAUAAAAAUGGCCAGAAGAUAUGAAAGCACAGAUUUGCCUUUGCAAAGCCUACAUAUUUUGGUUAAAGAUAACGGAAACCCUCCAUUGUCAUCCACAGCUAUGUUACUUGUUUCUUUGGAGGACAACAUUUUCAAAGAUAUUUUAUAUACGAACGAUCAUGUUGCCAAGUCCACACCUGACUUAACAAUAUAUUUAAUGAUUUCACUUGCUGCAGUUAGUGUAGUGUCAUUGGUUUCAUUUAUCCUACUACUGACAAAAUGCCUUAGAAAGAAAAAUAAAAUGUAUGAGUCUGAAUGUGAUGUUUUAAGACAAUUAACAUCUACUCAAUAUUUAGGACAUACACGCAAAAUGUUGCAGUGGGACCCUAAUGGGACUAUGAAGUAUGUGGAGGUCUCCACAGGUCCAGCAGAUCAGCAAAAUCAGUUGUGUGAGACAUAUUAUUCAGAUAUCAACAAGGGUACCUUAAAUUUUAUGAAGUCAUUGAAUUUUCCUCAAUUAAAAGAAUUGGUCAAUGGAACUCAAACAUUGUCCGGGCAGGCUGGUCAAAAAGAAUCUACACAGCAGGCACAACCUAACACAGACUGGCGAUUUUCACAGGCUCAAAGACCAGGACCCAGUGGAGCUCAGCCUACAGAAGAAGCUGGAGUGUGGCCAAACAACCAGUUUGAAACCGAGAGACUUCAAGCAAUGAUCUUGGCAUCAGCAAAUGAAGCUGCUGAAGGAGCCUCUGCCAUGGGUGGAGGAAAUGGGACCAUGGGACUUAGUGCUCGCUAUGGACCUCAGUUCACUCUGCAACAUGUUCCUGACUACAGACAGAACAUCUACAUUCCGGGAACAACAUCAACGCUCACUAACGCUGCUGGGAAACGUGAUGGAAAAUCAGCUGCACCUUCAGGAGGGAACAAGAAAAAGUCUGGCAAAAAAGAAAAGAAGUAAUGGCCUAAAAAAUAAGAGAUAUACAGCAACCAGGCAGAAUUGUAACAAGUCAUUCCCCAUCCAAAAACAGUGGUAUACUGAAUAUCACCUUUGAAAUAAUGAAAAAAUAAGAGUAGCAAGAGAAAAAUGGCAGCCCCGUGAUCAUAGGAGCUACUCGUGUGAUUACUUGCUACUGCAACUCAUGAUGAAUCUGUUAAACUUGAAAGCUGAAGUCAUAGCCCUAUCAAAACCAUUGUCAAGAUAAUUCGACUUUCCAAGAUCUGUUCUCAACAGAUAUCAACAUUAUACACUCGUUUUCUAUACUGUACGAUUUCUCUCAUAAUUGUAGAAUUUCUUCCAGUGUAUAUAAUUAUUGCUAUAUAGUUAUUUAUAAUUUAUAAGCAAAAGAGAAUUUCUGAAAUAUUCUAAGCUUGUCAACCCACACUGCACAUUUAUAUUUUCUUUUAAUUGGAGGAUUAAUAUUUUCAGACACCACAAAUGCUUUUUAUGAUAAUUAACUGUAAUACAAGGCACUCAGUUUGUUAGAAACCUCUCUUCAGAGGGCCACAGGGCACAAACUUCCUUUUCUGUUAUUUGAAAUAAAUUGUCUCUGAAAAAUGAUCAGAGUAAAGCAACGGAACAGAGUUAUUUUAAAAAAUAAAAUAAAGUCUAGAUUUUGCACAAAUACUUCAUCAACAGUCUUGUGCAGUAUGAAUUGGAAUGCCGUACACUCAAAUGUUCCGAUGAAAGGAAGGGGAAAAAUUUGUGAAGAAUUAGAAAAUGUAUGAGAUAUCUUCUCUGGACUAAGAAAUGUUUUUAAAAGCUGCUAUGUAGAAAAUUUGAUGUCCGGCCAAAAUGUUUGUCUCUGCUCUUAAAGAGUAACUAACAAAGGAAUUUAUAUUUCUGCACAUAGAACUGCAUGUCUACAAAUUCACUCAAUAUUAAAAAUAUCCACUGGAACGUAAAACUUUUUUUUGCAUUUAAGUAUUCAGCAUGGAGGAUGGACUGAUUAUUAUAGAAUGACAAAUAUCUGAGCCUAGUUAGCACAGGUCAAAUAUGUAUAGAUAGAAAAGAAAUUAAGAAAUGAUUAUAGAGGUCAGUGAAUACACAUAGCGUUGCUCAAGAACCUGAUGAUAAAUUACAUAUUGGUACCUAAUUAUCUUAACUGUAGAUAUUAGGUGCUAGACUAUAGAUGCAUUGUAGGUGACCCGAUUUAUUUAAUAUUAAUUAAAACCUAUUUAGUACACGUCAAAUAUUAAGGAAUAGAAAAAUAAUGAACAAAUUAAUAGGGGAGAGCAUGGAAUAAGAGGCACGGUUGUCUAGAAACCAGAAAGAAACAAAAUUUUAAUGGAUUCCCCAUUAUCUUGCUAUUGGGAAUAUUGAAGAUAAACCAAACUAUUUAAUAUAAAAUGAUAUGAUAUUAAGUUGAUGUAUUAAUGACCACUGGAAUUAGUAAAGCAUGGGACAAUUCUUUAAGAUGGAUUCGUUAACGUUGUCAGUUGACUGUUACAAGAGAAUGUAGACAAGUUUUAACCACAAAUUAAAUUUAGUCUAGCUGAAUUUAAUUUAUUUUUAAAUACCUUGUGGGAGAUCUGGAAUCACAUAUAAUAGUAAGAUCUUUUCUGAGGCUGCCAAAAAAAAAAAACACGGGACUAAUGUAAAACGAACUUAAGGACAAAUUUAGUUGUAUGAUUUUUUUUUUUUUAAAUAUAUGUAUUUCAGAUAGCACUAUUUAGAUAAGUGUUUUUGUAAAUCUCCUUUUUAAAUAGACAAACCUUAUUUCUUAAGUUCUUAAAAUAUUAUUUGUGUUUUUCCUUUUUUGUUUAGUUUUUUGUUUUGCAAUAGUUUUUUUUUUAACUUUAUUCAUUAAGUAGCUGCAAAGAAUAACUGCCACAUACACAUUGCUUAUUCUAGUGACAAGAUCUCAUUUAUAAUACAGUUGCACAUGCAGUUAUAGAUUCCUGAAAAAAUGGAAAAGAAGCCAAAUGGAUGCACUCAUAGCAAUUAGCAUAAAUAUGGUAACUGUAUGGAUGCUUUUAAUAGCUUGUAGCUUAUUUCUGCAGGUCGAACUCACUAUGUUCCAAUGCCUACAGCAGCAAAGGGGUGCUCAGAUGCUGGGCAGUAAAACUGCACCAAUUUUUGCCUGGUUUUAUUGUAAUAAAAUGUCUAUGCUUCCUAUGCCAUUUGUGUCCCACUGUAUGUACAGCUUCAAAGGAACACAUUGGGAGCAUCAUUUUACCCUAUCCAAGGGUACACUAACUACUACAAUAUUUUACACAGCUUCGGAUUUAUGAAAUAAUGCAGUUAUAUGGAUGAUUUAGCAGUAGCAUACAUUUUGCAAUUUUUAUUUUCUUUGUAACAAAAAAAAAAUAUUGUAGAAUAGCUUGUAGUGUACAAUAGUAACGUGAUCCUUUCAUCCUUGUAUCUAACUUGUGGGCAGCAGUAUUUGAAAUCCUCUUGUAUCUUUCUGUGUGGUUUGUGAUAUAAAUGUACAUGAAAUUAAAUGCACCUGUCCUUUCAAUGUGUCUUAAUACUGAUCUGUACCUACUAUUAUAAAUAUGCUUUCACUCUUAUGAUACCCGUAUAGACUAAUGUCAAUGUACUACACGCAAGUUUUAUACUCUGAUAUUUAUAUUGCUUUUCUUUCUUUGGAAAAAAUAAAAUGUUUUCUUCCAAAAAAA